CAACCAAGCAGGCCGAGGUCUUCGGAUUCUUCCGAUCUGAGUGCAGCUUCAAGUUUAAACAUCCUACCCCACCCACUCGACUUGUGCGUUUCCUGGUCUACAAUUCACAUUUGGACCUCAAUUACCAGGCACCAUGUUCUCCGUUGCGCGACAGUCCGUCCUCCGCCAUGCCCGAACGCAGUUUCGAUCAACCACACAAUACUCAGGCCUCUCCCGACUACUCUCCACAUUGGCAGUGCUUGAACAAAGAGAUGGAAAGCUCAAUGUCGCAUCAUUAGCGGCAGUUACAGCAGGACAAAAGCUUGGAGGUUCCGUGACCGCUUUUCUUGCUGGCAGCGGCGUCAAGUCGGUUGCAGAGGAGGCAGCAAAGACCAAGGGAAUUGAGAAGAUAAUCUACGUGGAGAACGGCGCGUAUGAUCGGGGUCUUCCAGAGAACUGGGCACCUCUCCUCGAGGAGAACAUUAAGAAAGGCGGAUUCACACACAUUCUCACUGGCCAUUCUGCCUUUGGCAAGAGCUUGAUGCCUCGACUCGCAGCUCUUCUCGACACCCAGCAGAUUUCAGACAUCACAGCAAUUGAGAGCGAAGACACCUUCGUACGACCCAUCUACGCCGGAAACGCCAUUUUGACCGUGCAAUCGACAGACAACACCAAAGUGAUUACAGUUCGAGGCACCGCUUUUCCCGCACCUGAGACGGAGGGAGGUUCCGCAGCGUUGGAGGAGGGCGCGGAUCCCAAAACUGAAAGCCCUACGGAAUGGAUUUCCGAGGACUUGGCCAAGUCUGACCGACCCGACCUUGGCUCGGCAGACAAGGUCGUCUCCGGCGGUCGUGGACUAAAGUCCAAGGAGGAAUUCGACAGAGUCAUGACUCCUCUCGCAGAUGCUCUUGGUGCAGCUAUCGGAGCUUCAAGAGCGGCCGUUGACAGUGGUUUCGCCGACAACAGUCUGCAGGUCGGACAAACCGGCAAGAAUGUCGCACCCCAGCUCUACCUAUGCGCCGGUAUCUCUGGAGCUAUUCAGCAUUUGGCUGGUAUGAAGGAUAGCAAGGUCAUCGCCGCUAUCAACAAAGAUGCCGAUGCACCAAUUUUCCAGGUCGCUGACGUCGGCCUCGUGGGAGAUCUAUUCGAGAAGGUCCCAGAGUUGACCGAGAAGCUUAAGUCGCAGUAAGUGAUGUUAUGAGUAAAAUAAGUUACCAUAUUGUAUAUACUAGACUGUAGAGCUUCAAUGCAAUCAGAGGCUUUCAAAUGAUCUUGGUAUCAUCAAUGAUUCAGUGGUAUGCCACCCUCGGACUUGUUUUGUGCAUGAA